UUAGGGAGACAACCUCGGCGAUGCUGUGGCUUUACCUCAAAACUCAAACCCACACACACAAGACAAGACUAUUCCCUUUAAACGACAGCGUCGUUGAAUGUAAGCUGCAGAUUCCUUCGACUUUGGUCUCAUAGACAUAGAAAACGCUUUUCGACCUCCAUCAAUAUGCAAGUAUCACGAUGGCGAAACUUGUUAUCCAUGAAGACUCACUUGAUUCCCUCCGUCACGCGUUCCUCUGCAUUUCAUUCCACUCCAUGUUCGUCUCAGAAAUGGAAAAGCAAAUGGAACUCCGAUACGAGGAGUGGUCAACAACCAUCUAAGACUCAUAUAAAAUUUGUUACACGUCAAAAGCGUGCUGAUGCAAAGAAAGCUCUGAAUAAUCUCCUUUACGUUAGUGGAUCCUCUAAAUUUUCAUUUGAGGACAAAGAGACAAAAUGGAAAGUUGAAGGAAACUCCAAAUGGUAUGGAGACCAAGAUGAUCAUUCAAAUAGCUAUUCUAAUAAAGGUCAACCAAAGUCUGGUCAGCGGCUUGGUGGAAAACCACAAAAGAAAAAUAAAGGUCAACCAGAGUCUGGUCAGCGGCUUGGUGGAAAACCACAAAAGAAAAAUAAACGAAAAAUCAGAAGAGAAAGCUUCUCUGAAGACUUUGAUGGCCGUCCCGAGCAAAUCUUCCAGGCAACAUUUGGUAACAAAUGGUAUACCUGGACCUUUGGCAAUUGGAGGAGAUCUGGUUCUGAACAUUCCACAUCUGGGUUUGAAUGGAGGGAGUAUUCAAAGAGAACAAACAAAUGGACAAGUGCAAGUGACGCCGAGUAUGAUGAUGAUGACUCAUUUUGUGUAGGAUCAAUUUCUGAUAGAACUACUCUUGGUCUACCUCCAACAGGUCCAUUAAAGAUUGAAGAUGUUAAAAAUGCUUUCCGUUUAUCAGCUUUAAAAUGGCAUCCUGAUAAGCAUCAAGACCCUUCCCAGGCAAUAGCCGAAGAGAAAUUCAAACUGUGUGUAAAUGCAUACAAGUCAUUAUGCAAUGCUCUCUCCCCGGCUUAGGUGGAAAUGUGACUUUGUUACAGCUUUCAAGUCAGUAAUGACCUCCAUCAGAGAUGGUCAAUGUUGUACAUUUGUUUGUAUUUCAUUCACAAAAAAAGUCAAUAUUUGCAACUCCAAAAAGAAAAACAAAGAAAAGAAAAAGAGAAUUGAAAUUUUGAAUGUUAAAUAAGUGCUCACUCUGACUGGAAGAGAAGUGAAUGUUCAGCAAGAGAAAUAGCCCUUCUAUUUUUAAUGCAAAA